UUUGAUUUUUGCGUUGAAUACAUCAGUAUCCAUCUGCAGACGCUGAUCAAACACAGCUGCGUCUAAUCGAGUCGUCUGAUCAGAACCCGGGUCCAAAGUUGAGGUUCGGGUUUGUGUAAACAGUGUGGAGGAUCAGCGUCAGCUGGGAUUUAAAUGCGCUGUUCUGAAAUGCGUUAAAUCAAAACCGACAGACGGAGAAGAAGGAGAAGGAUGGCAGUGGCGCUCGUAGCCAACGCUUUGGCUACAGUCGGCAACCUCGUCGCUGCUGUUAUGAAUUAUUUCACUGACAUGUUCCUGACACCACCUCUGAAGGCCACAAUCAAACAUUUGGAGGAGACUGAACUCAAAACUUUGCAAGGAGAAACGAGGAUCCUGAAAGCGAAAUCUCUGUGGGAGAAGUCUGGAGCUGUCGUCAUGGCAGUGAGGAGACCUGGAUGAUUUUUGUGCAGAGAGGAGGCUGCAGAGCUGUCCUCUCUGAAACCCCAGCUGGACAAGCUCGGGGUCCCUCUGUACGCCGUGGUGAAGGAGGACGUCGGCACCGAGGUCCAGAACUUCAGACCGUACUUCCAGGGGGAUAUUUUCUUGGAUGAGAAGAGGCGUUUUUAUGGACCCCGUGAGAGGAAGAUGGGUCUCCUGGCGUUCCUGCGUGUCGGCGUGUGGAUGAACGGCCUGAGGGCCUUUAAGAACGGCUUCGUGGGAAACGUCCUCGGAGAGGGCUUUGUCCUCGGCGGGGUGUUCGUCAUUGGACGAGGAGAGCAGGGAAUACUUCUGGAGCACAGAGAAAUUGAAUUUGGAGAUAAAGUCAACAUCCUAGACGUCAUCCGAGCUGCCAGGAGAAUAUCACAAGAACUUCUGCCUCUAGAGAAGAAAUAAUUCUUUGUAUUAGAGGAUAAUCUCUAUAAAAAUCAUGUUCUUGAGGAAAUAUUUGUAAAUGUGCAUUAGACUUGUGAGCUUGGCGUGCUGGCGGUCUCGGGGGAAAUCAAGAAUGCAUGUUGCAGCGUGGCUGUGUGGUAUGAGGCUCUGGGUGUGUUCAUGAUGGUCUGUCUUUAAACUCAGGAGAAGAAGCAGACUUGAUAUCUAACACUCGCUUUCUUGUAUUAAUCUGCGAUGCUGCUGUGUCAUCCUUGGAGCCAUGAAACCGUAACCUUUCACCAAUAAACAGUUUUUGUGCUCUGCA